AUGACCAAACAGCUCGAGCCGAUGUCAGCAAAUGUCGAAACAGAAAAGGGGUCAAGUGACAACUAUAGGGAAGCAUCUAUUUCUGAACUUGCUCGCCAGGUGACCCGAACUUCGGUGAUAGGUGGUUCCGAUGUCAAUUCCGCUUUGAACCCCGAACGCAACAGCAAGCUUGAUCCUUUCUCCCCCUCGUUUAACGCAAAGAUAUGGGUGAGGUCCUUUAUGCAACUGUUGGAGUCCCGCUCUGGCGAGAUAUCUCUGCGAAAAAGCGGCAUUUCAUAUCGCAACCUCAGUGUUUCGGGUUAUAGCAACGGGGCCUCGUACCAAAAGAGCACUGGAAACAUCCCUCUUGGUAUCCUGUCAUAUGCCGCUGGACUGAUAAGCAAGAAUCGACGCAAAGACAAAAUCGAAAUCCUGCGUGACUUCGAGGGCAUUGUCAAUGAUGGAGAGAUGCUUCUUGUUCUUGGUCCGCCAGGAUCGGGAUGCUCAACCCUAUUGAAGACUCUGGCUGGCCAGACAAGUGGCUUGGAUGUUAACCCUGAAUCAUAUCUCAACUAUAGAGGAAUACUCCCCAAGCAUAUGCACCACCGAUUCCGGGGCGACGUCCUUUAUAAUGCCGAGUUAGAUGUCCACCUUCCACAUCUUACCGUCGGAGAAACACUCACCUUUGCGGCUCGCGCGAAACCAUGUACAAACAUCCCAGGAGUCAGUGCCAUUCAAGCAAGCAACAUCAUUCGGGAUGUAGUCAUGGCCGUUUUUGGGAUUGCACACACCAAGAACACCCGAGUCGGCGACGAGUACGUACGCGGAGUCAGUGGUGGUGAACGCAAGCGCGUCAGCAUCGCUGAGGCGGUUUUGACUGGAGCCAAGUUCCAGUGCUGGGACAAUUCCACUCGCGGAUUGGACAGUCAGAAUGCUAUUCAAUUCUGUAAAAACCUGCGUUUGCAAGCAGACUCUAUGGAUCUGGCCUCUGUGGUAGCCAUCUACCAAGCUCCACAAGAUGCUUAUGAGCUCUUCGACAAAGUAACAGUUCUUUAUGAUGGGAGGCAGAUUUUCUAUGGCCGAGUAGAGGAUGCAAAGAGAUAUUUCGAAGAUCUUGGGUUUGAAUGUCCCGAAAGACAAACUACGCCUGAUUUCCUUACUUCAAUGACCAGUCCUCAGGAGCGCAGGAUAAGACCCGGGUGCGAGAACUCAGCUCCGCGAACACCAGAAGACUUCGCCCAGAGAUGGAAAAGCAGCGUUCAACGCCAGUGCCUCAUGCAAGAAAUGGAAUUAUACAAGAACACGCACCAACAGAAACUACGAGUCGAAGAAUUCACCAAAUCCCGGCGAGCAGAGCGUGGAAGGUUUCAAAGCACCAAGUCUCCCUACACCUUGUCCUACUGGAAACAAGUCGAACUGUGUCUUUGGCGCGGUUGGCGAAGACUCUUGGCAGAUCCCGGGUUUACCAUUACUCAACUCUUAUUCAACUCUAUAAUCGGUCUCGUGUUGGGUUCUAUGUUCUACAACUUGAAAGAGGACACAUCGAGUUUCUACUACCGGGGAGCCCUGAUGUUCUUUGCUCUGCUCUUCAACGCGUUUUCAAGCCAGCUCGAGGUUCUAACACUGUAUGCCGAGCGUCCAACGGUCGAGAAACACAACCAUUACGCCUUCUAUCAUCAGUCUGCUCAGUCUAUCGCUAGCUACCUGAUCGACAUUCCGUACAAAACUGUCAAUAUGAUCGUAUUCAAUACCCUCAUCUACUUCAUGGCCAAUUUCCGUCGUGAAGCCGGCCCUUUUUUCUUCUUCUGUCUCGCUUCAUACAUCACCACCUUAGUUAUGUCCGCGGUCUAUCGCACACUUGCAAGUGUCACGCGAACCUCCCACCAAGCAAUGGUUCCAAGUUCUAUUAUCACGAUAGGAGUCAUGAUAUAUACCGGGUUCACUAUUCCCACCGCGUACAUGCCGGGGUGGUCCCGUUGGAUGGGAUACAUAGAUCCUUUGGCUUAUGCGUUUGAAGCGCUGAUGGCAAACGAGUUCCAUGGAAGAAGUUUUCGAUGUGCUCAGCUUGUCCCAGAAGGUCCAUCUUACGGAAAUGUGACGCUGGAUCAUCGUAUCUGUGCAUCUGUGGGCUCAGUACCUGGUUCACCGGUCGUUGACGGUGAGCAAUACAUAAACCAAGCGUUUGGUUAUUGGAAUUCACAUAAAUGGAGGAAUAUCGGCAUCCUUUUUGGCUUUCUUGUCGGCUUUUUAGCUAUAUACUUGAUUUCUGCUGAGUACGCCCGUCCACCACGAAGCAAGGGUGAGGUUUUAGUGUUUCGCAGAGGAAUGGUACCACGCGGAUCUGUUGCUCAAAAGUCAGAUGUGGAGUCCCUAGUUGUACAAAGGCCUGUGGUUUCCCAGCGCACUGAGCAAUAUGACACUGUAAAGAAAAACGAUCAGUCAGGACCUGUUUUCCACUGGGAAGAUCUUUGCUAUGAUAUCAAGAUCAAAGGCGAGGCUCGCAGGAUUCUGGAUCAUAUAGACGGCUGGGUGCGACCUGGAACAUCGACUGCCCUUAUGGGUGCAUCCGGUGCAGGAAAAACAACUCUUUUGGACACGCUAGCUGCCAGAGUUACCGUGGGAGUGGUAUCCGGGAAUGCUUUUGUUGACGGUAUACCUACAGAUGCCUCCUUCGCUCAUAAGAUUGGCUAUGUGCAGCAGCAAGACCUGCACCUUGAUACAAUGACCAUCCGAGAAGCGUUGGAAUUCAGUGCUAUUCUUCGUCAACCUGCUAAUGUGUCCCACGAUGAGAAGAUAGCGUACACUGAAGAGGUCAUUGAGAUGCUUGAUAUGCAAGAAUUUGCAGAUGCUGUUAUCGGCGUUCCCGGAGAAGGGCUUAAUGUUGAACAACGCAAACGCUUGACCAUUGGAGUAGAGCUCGCUGCAAGACCUGAGCUCCUUGUCUUUCUAGAUGAACCUACUUCAGGUCUAGAUUCUCAGACCUCGUGGGCAAUAUGUGAUCUAAUUGAGAAACUGGUGAAAAGCGGCCAAGCAGUCUUAUGCACGAUUCAUCAGCCUUCUGCAAUACUGUUCCAGAGGUUCGAUCGCCUUCUUCUACUUCAACCCGGCGGGAAGAGUGUCUACUUUGGUGAGCUCGGCAAUAAUGCUCGCACGUUAAUCGACUAUCUUGAGCGCAACGGAGCCCCUAGGUGCCCUUCAGAUGAAAAUCCGGCAGAGUGGAUGCUCAGAAUCACUGAGCCAGCUUCAGAAAACUCCGCAACUCAGCUUGACUGGUCUAAGAUUUGGCGUUCUUCGCCUGAAUACCAGCAGAUGAAAGAUGAGCUUGCUCGACUCAAACAGCAUGCUACCAACCGGGCUUUGGCUCUCUCAUUGAUGUACACGGACAAUUCCCAGCAUCACGAGUUUGUCGCUUCAUUCUCAACUCAGUUUUGGCAAGUUCUGAAGCGUAUUUCAAAGCACUUUUAUCGCUCACCAGGCUAUAUCUACUCGAAAGUCGCCUUGGUGGCCUUGUCGGCACUCUACGUUGGUUUCAGCUUCAAGGCUAAUACCAGCCUUCAGGGGCUUCAAAAUCAGAUAUAUGCCUUUUUCAUGUACUUGACUAUGUUCGGCAGUUUGAAUGAGCAGAUAACGCCGUUGUUCGUUCCCCAACGUGCGCUCUACGAGGUGCGUGAACAGCCAUCCCGGAUGUAUCGAUGGGCGAUGGAAAUUUUCUGGAAUACGCUCAUGGCCGUCCUACUCUAUUUUUGCUGGUUCUACCCUGUCGGCUUUACUCAGAAAAUGUCGCCCGAUGAUGAGCACACUCGCGGUCUCCUCGUUUUCCUUUUUUCAUGGAUGUUCAUGCUCUUUGUCAGCACCUUUUCCCAUCUCUGCAUUGUCGCGUUCGAAACUCCAGAUAUGGCAGGGGCUCUAGCCACCUUGAUCUGGAUCUUAUGUAUCUCAUUCUGCGGUGUGGGCGUAGCCAAAGCCGAUCUCCCAGGUUUCUGGACCUUCAUGUACCGCCUCUCGCCAGCAACAUACCUCGUGAGCGGCGUAUUAUCCACCUCACUAUCUGGUUCCAAGAUCGUCUGUGCGCCGCAUGAAGUUCUUCGCAUGCAAGCACCUGCGAACUUGACUUGUGGCGAGUACAUGGGCGAUUUCAUCCGCACUGCUGGCGGAUAUCUUCUUGAUAAAGGGGCCAAGGGACAAUGCGAGUAUUGUCGGUUGAGCAUUACCGAUGAUUAUCUAGCGACGUUCGAUAUAUACUACGCGGAUCGAUGGAGGAAUUUUGGUUUGCUUUGGGUCUAUGUGGUGGUGAAUAUUGUCGGCGCUUUGGGUGUGGAGAGCUUCGAUAACAUCUACCUCGAUCUCUCGAAACAACCGGGGAAGUGCAAGCUCGCGGAGAGCGGCUUGGGAUGGAAACCCUCGGGCGGAGGCGAGACGUUUACUCUGGAUAGCAGCAAUGUCGGCGCCGCUCAAUGGAGUCGGGCUUCGAAGGGCUUUGAGCUGAAGAUUCUGUCGCGCUCUUCGGGCGUCAUCCAGCUAGAUGGUUUCGAUCAGGAGGACUUCGAACGAUUGACCAAGGCCUUCAAAAUCUGGUACGGCAUCAACAUCGAAAGCAGAGAACAUGCGCUUCGCGGCUGGAACUGGGGUAAGGCGGAUUUCGCAAAGGCCGAGCUCAGCUUCAACGUCCAGAAUCGCCCCGCAUUCGAAAUCCCUUACUCCGAGAUCUCCAACACGAACCUGGCGGGUAAGAACGAGGUCGCCGUCGAGUUCUCCCUCCCCGCGGAGAACGAGCCCAAGGCCCAACCGGCGGGGAGCACGAAAAACAGAGGCCGGAAGGCGGCCGCCGGGCCGGACGAGUUGGUCGAGAUGCGAUUCUACAUCCCCGGUACGGUGGUGAAGACGGAGAAGGGCAUUAAGGAGGAGAACGGCGAGGAGAAGGCCGAGGGGGAAGAAGGGGAGGAGGAAGAGGAGGGCGGCGAGGAGCAGAAUGCCGCGAACCUCUUCUACGAGAUGCUCAUGGAGAAGGCGGAGAUUGGCGAUGUGGCUGGCGAUACGUUUGCCACUUUCUUGGAUGUGCUGCAUCUUACGCCCAGAGGUCGGUUCGAUAUCGAUAUGUACGAGGCGUCUUUCCGGUUACGUGGCAAAACGUACGACUACAAGAUUCAAUAUGCUUCGAUCAAGAAGUUCUUCUUGCUUCCUAAGAACGACGACACGCAUACGCUCAUUGUCCUGGGUCUCGAUCCUCCAUUGCGCCAGGGACAGACCCGGUAUCCGUUCCUGGUCAUGCAGCUGAAAUUGGAUGAGGAGAUCAGCUUGGAGUUGAACAUGACAGAUGAACUAUUGGAGACGCGCUACAAGGACAAGCUGGAGUCUCGCUACGAAGAACCCAUCCACCAAGUCGUCACGAAGAUCUUCCGGGGCCUAUCAGGCAAGAAGGUUAUCAUGCCGUCGAAGGACUUUGUCAGCCACCACGGUCACAGCGGUGUCAAGUGCUCCAUCAAGGCCAACGAGGGUCUCCUGUAUUUCUUGGAUAAGAGCUUGAUCUUCGUUCCCAAGCCUGCCACGUACAUCCAGAUCGAGAACAUUUCCGUCAUCACCAUGUCUCGCGUUGGCGGCGCCGUGUCGGCUAGCCGAACGUUCGACAUCACAGUCACCUUGAAGGCCAACGCCGGAGCGCAUCAAUUCAGUAACAUCAAUCGGGAGGAGCAACAGCCCCUAGAGGAGUUCUUUAAGGCGAAGAACAUCCGAUUCAAGAACGAAAUGACGGAGGAUACCUCGGCAAUCCUCAAGGCCGCCCUGAACAACGAAGCCAUGGGAUCCAGCGACGACGACGAGGGUGUCCGACCCGACCGUGGCUCUGCCGACGAAGACUCGGAGUCCCCUGACGAGGAUUUCCAUGCCGACACCGAGUCCGACGUUGCCGAGGAGUUCGACUCGGAGCACGAGAGCAGCGGAAGCGAUGCCGAGAUGGAGUAUGCAUCCGGCGGCGACGGCGACGGGGAUGUCGACAUGGACGACGCCGAACAGACGCGACCAAAGAAGAAGUCGAAGGUUGGGAAAUAA